AUGUCAGUCGCUACAAAGAGCUAUGUCUCCUCUUACGGAAAUACACAUAAUUCCGACGAGACUUCGGGGCGCUCGUCUCCGAACUCACCAAAGGCUUCAGCACCGCGUAAUCAACAACCGUUGUCCCGUACCACGCCGUCCUUGCCAACCCCUGCGCACAGUGUGACGGGCACUUCCUCUGGAUUUGACAUGGUUGAUGAUAUCGAUUCACAUCGGGACAAGCGUCAAAGACUUGAUUCGGAUAGAGAUCAGGAGGCGGAUCAAAUGGAAGUAGAACCCCUUGGAGAGGCAACAAAUCAUGAUCGGAACGAUGAGAUGGAAAUAGACGGCGAAAUUGCUGGCAAGGAGAACAGCGCUGAACUGGGAGCUACUGAGAAGGCUGCAGAGCUAACAGUGGACGAGAAGACCCUGGACCAACUACAGAAAGAUAUGGGUGAAGCCUUUCUUCUCUGCAGAUCCAAAGUUGAGCGCCAGAAACCGAACCCGCAGCAGCAUUUGUUGGCAUUAUAUGGUCUGGGCCCAUUAUUGCACAGUGUCGCUCGUACCGAUCCGAGGACUGGUGAGAAAAUAAACAAGCUGCGGAAAUCGUACGAGGGUCAAAUCAAGGGAUUCGCUCUGACGGGGCGGAACAAACCUGUCAAGGGCGAACGCAACGUGGAAGAAGACCAACCCGGACCGUUACGGCGCAUGGCUGGAUCGUCUGCUUGGGGCCUUCAACCAGAUGAGCAGUGGAAUGCAGAACACGCAAAGUCCAAGAUUGAAGUUACGGCAGACUUCCGAAACAAGUUGAAACAAGCCAUGCAAAUGCAGCCAGGCACAGUUCGCAAUAACGCUCACUGGGAGGAUAUGCUCGGAUUCGAUAAGCCGAAACCGAACGUGGCUCCGAUGCAACAACCAACCCCUCGGCCUGUCGCAAACGGGGUGGUACGACAGUCUCAACAACCAUCUGCAGAAGCCAAACGACAGACUCGCGGGAAAAAGCGGAGUUAUGGUGAUGAUAGUUUUGUCGGCUACGGAGAAGGUUAUUCGGAUCCUGAAGAUGGCGAUGGCGACGAAUAUGGCAGCCAAAGAAAACGGAAAAAGGUGAUAGCCACGGACUACUGA